AUGUCUUCGGAUGCAGACUCCUCGCACCACAAGCGCGUCUGGUGGAAAGAGGCAACAUUCUACCAGAUAUACCCGGCAUCUUUCAAAGACAGCAAUGGAGACGGCUGGGGCGAUAUUCCGGGGAUACUUGAAAAAAUCGAGCACAUUGCGUCUCUAGGCGUAGAUGUAGUAUGGCUUUCCCCCAUGUUUGACUCUCCGCAGGUCGACAUGGGCUACGACGUGUCGGAUUAUGAGCAAGUGUAUCAGCCAUACGGUACAGUGGAAGACGUCGAGAAGCUCAUCAAAGCAUGCCAUGAGAACAACAUGAAGAUCAUUCUCGACCUUGUCGUCAACCACACAAGCAACCAACAUGCUUGGUUCAAGGAAAGUAGGAGUUCAAAAGACAACCCUAAAAGAGAUUGGUAUUUCUGGCAGCCAGCUCGUUACGAUGAGCAGGGAAACCGUCAGCCUCCAACAAACUACCGCUCGUACUUUGCUGGUGGAACUUGGACGUGGGAUGAGCGUACGCAAGAGUACUAUCUGCAUCUCUACGACAAAUCGCAGCCUGAUCUCAACUGGGAAAACGAAGAUUGCCGCAAAGCCAUCUACAAUUCCGCCAUGCGAUUCUGGCUAGACAAGGGAAUCGACGGCUUCCGAGUUGAUACCGUGAACAAAUACUCCAAAGUCUUCCCUUUCUCCGACGCACCCAUCACCGAUCCCGCAAGCGCCAUCCAGCCCGCCGCACAAAUGUGGUGCAACGGCCCGCGGAUCCACGAAUUCCUCAAAGAAAUGAACCGCGACGUACUGUCACAUUACCGCACGUACGACGGCCUCCCUCUCGUCACAGUCGGCGAACUCGCGCUCUGUUCCUCUCCAGCCUCCGUCCUGCCGUACAUCAGCGCGCGCGAAAAAGAACUAGACAUGGUCUUCCAAUUCGACAUUACACACCUGGGCCAGGGUCCACCGGGCAGCGACACCAAGUACGACUUUACUCCGUGGGAAAUCUCAGAAAUGAAGCGCAUAGUCGAGAAAUGGCAGUGCUUUAUCCACGGCACCGACGCCUGGACAACCGUUUUCAACGAGAACCACGACAAUGGGCGCAGCGUCUCGCGCUUCGCAGACGACUCACCGCAGUGGCGAGACCAGAGCGCAAAGAUGCUGGCACUGUGGCUCAUCGGUCAAACCGGCACCUUGUUCCUAUACCAAGGCCAGGAAAUCGGCAUGGUUAACGCGCCGCGACACUGGGACAUAGCACGCGACUACAAAGACGUUGAGGCCCAGAACUACUGGGCUGAAGCGGUGCGUCUGGCGCAAAACGGGACUGAUCCCUCGCGCAAGGAGAGGAUAAAAUACGGGUUACAAGUCAUGGCGAGGGACCAUGCGCGUCUCCCGUUCCAGUGGGAUGGAAGUAGGAACGCUGGGUUUACGAGUGGUACGCCGUGGAUGCGCGUGCAUGAUGAGUAUGCGAGUAUCAAUGUUGAGAUGCAGGAACGGGAUCCGGAGAGUGUGCUGGCGUUUUACAAGCGUGUGCUUGGACUGAGAAAGGUGCAUAAGGAAGUUUUUGUCUAUGGGGCGUUUGAAAUGCUGGAUUUGAAGGCGAAAGAGACAUUUUCGUAUAGAAAGAGGUAUGAGGAGAAGACGGCGGUUGUGGUGUUGAACUUUUCGACAGUGCAGCAACAGGUAGGUGUUGAUGUUGGGGGCAUGAGGCUGCUGGUGAGUACUGAUGGGAAGGGAGAUGAGGGUUUGCUGGGUCCUCUUGAGGGGAGGAUUUAUGUCGACUAUUGA